AACACGCCGGAACCUAGAAAGAAUGUACCUUUGGACCUUUGGAAUUGUCGGGAUUAGGUAUCAUGUCAUCAGCCUCAACUCCAACUUCGUAAACUUCGCAUUCUAAGACACACUGAUGACAAGCUACCACUUCUUUCUUCACCAACGUCCUCUGUCGUCCUAUCGUCUACCAACCCCACAGACAACGUCCCCUCCCCUCCAUCCUUCGGUUCUCCCUUAGCUUCGCCACACUUUCUUCGAUCUGAUUUACCUGACCAUUCAGUUCCCUUCAUCUGACGAUCCCCCCCAAACGAGUGAAAAAAAAGAGAUCCGAACAGAAACAUAUCCCAAGCCUUGUCGUGACGGACGGACCGUUGUCCGCAUUCGCGACCGAAAAUGGUCUCCCCCAUAGGAACGUUCUUCAUAGUAGUGCUCGUCCUUGCGGUCGUUGGCCUUAUCGGCUGGGUCUUCUUCACCCAGUUUCGCGCAAGGCGAUUAGGCCUCCCCGCCCCACCCAUCUCAUCCUACAACCCCUUCUCGCGCUCGGAGCCUUCCUCCUACGCGGGCCCGCAACCCGCACCCGGCGGCAUCCGCGGCUGGAUCAGCGACAAAUGGCGCGCGCUCCGCGGUAGCGGCGGAGGCGGAGGCGGUGGCAGCCGCUCCGCGACGGGGGCCGGUUAUGAGCGCGCCUCGCGGCGCGGCUAUGCCCUCGACCCCGACGAGGCGUGGGAUACGCGCGUGGGACACGAGGCCGAUGCGUACUACGGGUACGGCGCGUACGAGGAGCAGGAACUGGGUCUGCGCGGCCAGGGCCGCCAACCGCAACCACAGCAACAACAGUACCAACACCAGCAGCAGCAACAGCAGCAGAACCCGUUCCAAUCGCACGGCGACAUAGGCGCGAGCGGCGCGUACAGCGGCACCGGAUACAGCAACGUGGCCCUAGGCGCCGACGAGCAGCGCGGCCGCACCCUGAGCCGUAGCCCUGGCGUCGGCGGCAUCGGUUUGGGUGUCGAGGGAGGUCGAAACCCGUUUGACGAUGAUGCGGCGGAGCCGAGCAAUAUUAGUUUGCGCGGCGUGAGCCCCCGACCUAUCGAUACGGGCGUCGCGAACGCGGGGAAGCCGAAGGGAGGCGUGGCGCAUCAUCAUCACGACAGCCCGACUUCGGAGCGUCGCUCGAUAUUUAGGGAGGAGGUUUAAGAUCGCGGUUCGAUGGCGGUGAUCAUGGUGGUGGCGGUAAUGAUAUUUGAGGUUGCGUUCGUGGGUUCUUGCUUGGGUUUAGGGCCGAGGCAUACUCUGAGAUGCGAUGGCGACAUCAUAGGCAUGGGAGGUUGGUCGGCAUGGAAGUUGGUGCGCGGCGCAGGGUCGAGAUAAUAUCUACGCUUCUCACAUCCUCCCUCACUCUACCCCUUGCCUUUGCGCC